GGGGGGAACAAGAAAGCUCCAUUCCAUCCGAGCCCGAGGUCAGCAGAGACGAGCAAAACAUGCAGAUGGUGCCCUGAUGGUGGUGGUCUGGCACUGCUCGGGUUGCUCCGAGACCCCAAGACAUCAACGAAUACCUACACUACCUGCCAAAUACGUGCUCUCAAUCUCCAGUGACUGGACGAAGGAGGCCGUCGGUCUAUCCGUACUAUCAACAACGUUGGAGUACCCAUCACCCAACAGCACUGAAUGAUGGAAUUUGGAUUAUUGGAUAUUCCUUGGAUGAUGGAUCUGGUGUCACCGCCUUCGCCACCAUCUUCGACCGCCGAUUCACAUGGUCCAAGUGGAGAAGAUGCGCCCAAGACCUGGAAGUCUCCCUGAUACGCCUGAGUCCCUGUCACCCACCCAGUCACCCACGGACUCGAGCAAGGGAUUUUAGCCUCGCUUUUAGGGGUCCUGCAAUCCGGGGCCAGCAUGCAGACGCGUAUUGGCUGUCGGCGGCAUUUGGAGUUGGACAUGUGGCCCUUUUACCUCACCUCCUUUGUCGACCAAGGCUAUCGCCGCUAUCCUCCAGUCUUCAAGUGCCUCUCGAGCGCCCCUCCGCAGGCUAUCUGCUGCAUAUUGCCUGGUGCCAAUACCACAAAGGUGAAAGCACGGAUACACACGACCUGCAGUCUGCCAGGACUGAGGAGAGACACCGCCGCCCUCGCCGCCAGCGCCGCAUCCAUCCCUGAAUCCUUGAUCGAUCAUCGCACUUCAGGCGCGCAGUACCCCCCGUCGCACGCACCCGCCAACGUCGAGUCACCUGCCAAUCUGUCCAGACCGCGUUGAGUCUAUCCAGUGGAUGAAGGGCCAUCUCGAGACUUGACCCCUCCAGUUGCUCAAAUAUUCCCCACGGAACCCGCCCGACGCGACGCACCUGGCACCCACAAACAGAAAACCCCACCAGCUGAUUCUGCAAGCCUGCAAGCUACUACGACUGCGUACGAAUACGGUCCUAUUGGUACUUUUAUUACGGAUACCUUGCCAUACCGCUGAUGCUGUUUCUGCUGCUGCUGCUGGGCAUGAAUGGCAUCUCGUCUUCCUUGCCUCCUGUGCGCGGUGCUUGACUCGGUGACCGGCCAAUCCUGACAACCAAGCGCCGAUAUCUCAUUUCAUCCCAUGUUCCUUUCCCCCAGGCUUGCGGCUUGCGGUUUGCCAGGGCACGAUAACAUUGCGUCCCUCUUCAUACCAACAUAAAGCUCGAGGUUCAUCCUUGAUGUCCUGGUCGUCUGCCCCUACGUGAGACGCAGCCCCCCCUCGCUCUCUUAAUCACAACCAAACGGCGCGUUACCAGUCUGACGCCAUCGUUCUGCACGGACCUGGAUAGUUUCUCCUCUCUUUCUCUCUCUCACACACUGCGCAGUGCGCGCAGCCCAUCAUCUGCCAUCGAGGUUGGCCUCGUUGUUGACAUCCCAAACGUUAUUUCCAUCGACAUCUUCAUUGCGCCGACACCUCUUCUACCCCAUAUCUCCCACUUAUUCCCCUCCUCUCCUCCAUCCAAGGUCUCGUUCUAGAGUUGUCGCUCUUCACCGCCUCCGCAUGCAUCGUCUAGCACCCGCGUAGGGGCUUUCCAGAAGAAUUUGUGUUUCUCUCGAAAGCGCAUAGUCGUACUGCCUCGGCAUCUGCCUUCAUCCGGCUCUUGGACAUCUGCAACCUUAUCUCAUCUUUUUGGAUGCACGGUCGAACCAAGACACAUUUUGCUCGACCGAUUUUAGGACAAAUCUUCUGUCGACCCCUCGUGCCCAACGACAUCCUUUUUUUCACCUGACCCUUCUCGCUCGUCCUUUCUCUGUCUUUUCUCCCUCGCCCGACAGCAACAUCCGCAUAGCUUGCCGUUGUAGUCGACCAAAGCGACAGCAAACAGAGGUCCUUGGCCCUGCCGUUCCUGGCUGGGAAGAUAUCCUGUAGGCCAUUUCAAAAUGGCGGGUGUUCUCACGUGGAAGAGUCGCUUCGGUGGCGUCUUUGGGAACAAGAACAAAUCCGACAGCGCCGAAGCUACAGAUGACGAGAAUACCAAUAUUCCAAAAUGGAGUAUGGGUGUUCUCAACGACCCCAAAACUAUUGAAGUCCCUGGUUCUGUGCUUCUCCUCGCCGCGCAUCGCAACGAGCCACUCGGCUUACGCAAUGCGCCUGCAAGGACUUCCCACUCGUCCAUCCCCACUGGUUUCCCGGAGCCGGUAGACACACCAACCGGCCGCCAAUCUCCGGCCAACGCGGCCCCACCUGAGCCCGAUGCAAAGACGACCAAGGACGGGAUCAUCCUCAACCCCCAGCCUGAGGAGUCUGCAAAUGACCCUCUUAACUGGCCUUCAUGGCGCCGCGAUUGCGCUCUUCUGUCUCUUGGUUUCUACUGCAUGGUCGGUGGUGGCAUGACUCCCUUGCUUGCCGCCGGCUUCACCAACGUCGCCGAAGACUACCACAUCGAGACCGAGACAGUCUCCCUGACUACUGGUCUGUACAUGAUGGGCAUGGGUCUCGGUUCCGUCAUCUUUUCUCCCACGGCUAUUUUGUACGGAAAGAGGCCCGUCUACCUCUUCAGCUCCAUCAUAUUCAUCCUCAGCUCUGUGUGGGCAGCCCUGUCACCAAACUUCACCUCUCUCAUCUUGGCUAGAAUCUUUCAGGGUAUUGCAGUCAGUCCCGUGGAGUGUCUUCCCUCCGCCACUAUUGCGGAAAUUUUCUUCCUUCAUGAGAGAGCAUUCCGAAUCGGCAUCUAUACACUCCUGCUGCUCGGCGGCAAGAACCUCAUCCCGCUCGUCAGUGCCCUCAUCAUUCAAGGUCUUGGAUGGCGUUGGACUUUCUGGAUUGUCGCCAUGAUUGUUGCCUUUUGUGGCGUGCUCUUGUUCCUGUUCGUGCCAGAGACCUUCUGGGACCGAACACCGCUUCCCAAAUCACGAAAGCCAUCUCGCAGACCAAGCUUUACUCGCCGAUUUUCAUCACGCCAUCACGUUCCCCAGGUCCACAACGCUCAUGAAGAUGCCGUUGUAGCUCCCACAGGUCCUCCACCACAGUCGCCGCACGUUGCUUCGCAUCCGCACAAGGACCUCCACGUUGGAUUUGCGCCAGACCCAAACGAGAAACAGGAUGAUGGCAUCGACAAGCAGGUAAAGGACGCCAAGAAUGACACGCCGGACUCUUCCAACCCGGUGCCCGUCUCGCGGACCUCUGGUGCGUCCGGCACACCCACCUCCGGAUCGGAUUACUUCCACAACGCCCCAGCUGUCGAAAGUGAAAAGUUCAAGAUGCAAGCUUCCGACGUCAACUCGCCGCCAAAAGCCUUGGCAUACACCCACACCCUCCGUCAUCAACCGGCGAAAUCAUUCGCCGAGCAGCUCAAGCCCUGGAACGGCCGCCUGAACCACGACAGCUGGUUCAAAGUCAUGCUCCGGCCCUUUGUCCUCUUCGCCUACCCCGCCGUGCUGUGGUCUGCUGCAGUCUACUCUCUCUCCGUCGGCUGGCUCAUCGUCGUCUCCGAGUCGGUAGCCUUGAUCUACCGCAACCGCGCGUCGUACAACUUUGACGCCCUACAGACGGGUCUCGUCUACCUAUCCCCCUUUGUCGGCGGCAUCCUCGGCACCGCCGUCGCAGGAAAAGUGAGCGACAUCAUCGUCAAGGCCAUGGCCCGCCGCAACGGCGGCCUCUACGAGCCAGAGUUCCGCCUCGUCAUGGCGGCGCCGGUGCUCGUGACCACCGUCAUCGGCCUCAUGGGCUUCGGUUGGUCCGCGCAGGAGCGCGACCACUGGAUCGUGCCGACCAUCUUCUUCGGCCUCAUCUCGUUCGGCUGCACGCUGGGGUCCACGACGUCCAUUACCUUUUGCGUCGACAGCUACCGGCAGUACGCGGGCGAGGCGCUCGUCACGCUCAACUUUAGCAAGAAUAUCUUCCACGGUCUCGUGUUCAGUCUGUUUGUCACGCACUGGCUUACCUCGGACGGACCCAAGAUGGUGUUUAUCUGGCUGGGCGUCAUUCAGCUCAUUUUCCUGUUUGCCACGGUUCCCAUGUUCAUUUACGGGAAGCGGGCGCGCAUGUGGACUGUGAGGAAGAACUUUAUGGAGAAGUUCUAGAGGCGCAUUAUCGGUUUUUCUCUGGUAUUUUUUGCAUGGAGUUGGAGUUUAGGGGAUCUACAAUUGCAUUGCAUCUACAAGUUUUAUCCACCACUGGAUGGGGUCUCCCAAUGAGUCGGGUAGCAUAUUUCACGUGGGAAUGAGGGCCAGGUAUGCAUUUAUUGGAUGGA